UUCUCCCUCCCCCCCACCAUUUUCUCUCGGGCUUAGAAGAGCAGUUCAACCUGCAAAACCCUGAGAGCUCUCAGCCCCUUUGCAUAGCUCCUCAUUUUCUUGACCACAUUUUCCCUCGAUUUUCAUCCCUUCUUCUUCGCUUUCUUUUUCUUAAAUUCCCUGACUUACCUCCUCAACCGCUUCCAAUCUACCUCUUGUCUUUUUCUUACUGUUCUCGUCUAGUUUCAUCAAAUCCUUUAUACCUUGUGUUAUAUAAGUAGAAAUCGCUCAUGGGUUCGUGAGAUUUUCAUCUUCUGCUCCAAUUUUGAAGCUUAAGGUAGAUUUGAGCUCAAUCAGGCCUUGAAGCUCAUUCGGUCCAGAGUUUAAACUGUAAGCUAAUUUAAAGCUAAACAAGAAGUUUACUCUCAAUAUUUGGGUUUUUCUUCUUAUGUUUGAUACUGAGUAAAGCAUUUUACUUCUGGGUUCUAAAGAUUAUAUAUAUUUUUUUUUCACUUCACAAGUUAGUUUUGUCUCCAUUAGACUAAAAAUUGAAACUUCAUUGAAUCGUAUCAUCUGAUUGAACUUAAUUUCUAAGACUUUGCUUGAAUUGGUAUUUUUCCUUUCUUACUUGGCUCGCAUUUGAAGCAAAAAAAGAUAUCAACUUUCUCAUUUCAGCUAAAUAUAUAUGCCCCAAUCUAAAUAUACUAGUUCUUGAAUCUUGAUAGAAACGAUAUAACUAUAGAAAUUUUUUUUUUCGGCUUUCUGCAAUUCUUUUGGAUUUUGUUUUGGAUAUGAUGGGAGGACAAUGUAGUAAGAAAAAAGGUGUUGAACCCCCACCAUCACCACCACCCGCACCGCCUCCACCACCUACACCACCGCUCCAAACUAAUAGCAAUUCCCAGUACACAGCAGACUUGAGAUUAUACGAGGAUGCUUGUAAGCUUGAUGCAGAACUGCAAUACUUUGAUACUGCCCUCCAUGAGAGGACUAACCAUGUAAUACACACUCUUGCAACUGGUGUUGAAGUUAGAUCAUUAUCUUUUGACUCUCUCAAAGAGGUCACCGAUUGCCUACUUGAGAUGAAUCAAGAAGUGGUCAAAUUUAUUCUUGAAUGCAAGGAAGAUAUAUGGGAAAAUGAAGAUUUGUUUUCUUUGGUAGAGGAGGACUUCAACAAUAGUGCCAAAACUUUGGAUUUUUGUACUGCCCUUGAAAAUUGUCUUAACCGAGCUAGGAAUAGCCAGUUGAUCAUACAGGUUGCUCUUAGGCAGUUUGAGGAAGAAGUAGAAUUGCAAGAUGGGGUUGUGGAGAAGUAUGUGAGAACAUUAGGGGAAUUAAACAAGUUCAAGGCAGCUGGUGAUCCUUUCACUAAGGAGUUCUUUGUACUCUUCCAAUCAGUGUAUAAGCAGCAGGUAUCCAUGUUGGAGAAAUUGCAACUUCGAAAGAGGAAGCUUGAUAAAAAAUUGAAGUCCAUGAAGACAUGGAGGAGGGUAUCAAAUCUGUUAUUUGUUUUUGCUUUUGUCUCUGUGUUAAUUUUCUCAGUGGUAGCAGCUGCUAUUGCUGCGCCGCCUGUGGUAACGGCUUUGGCAGGUGCGCUGGGCGUUCCAGUUGGCUCGGUCGGGAAAUGGUCUAACUCACUUUGGAAUAGUUAUAUGAAAGCAAUGAAGGGGCAGGAGUUGGUAAGAUCAUUGGAGGUUGGAACUUUCAUUGCAAUCAAGGAUAUGGAUAAUAUAUGGGUUCUUGUUAAGAAAUUGGAAGUGGAAACUGAAUCAUUGUCUCAAAAUGCAAGCAUUGCCCUGAUGGAGGAAGAUGCUUUAAAGCUUGUGAUAGAUGAGAUCAAGAAGAAGUUGGAUGUGUUCAUGCAAACCAUUGAGGAUUUAGGCGAACAUGCUAAUAAGUGCAGCCGCGACAUAACUCAGGCAAGGACAGUGAUUUUGCAGAGAAUAAUCAGGUACCCUGACCGCUGAAGAAGUCCUUUAAUGAAUAUUUGUUACCUUGGUUGUCUUGUGUGAAUUUCAUGCAGUAGUUAGAGGGGGGUCUAACAUUUUGUUGUCCAACUUGAAUUCAAUCCUUAAGAAAUUUAUAUUGUUGGGCACUCUUUUGCUCUCGUUCAGAAAGAAUUUUUUUGAGGUUUCCUUUGUUUUUAGGCAGCCUGGUGUUAGAUUAUCUCUGAAACUUCUAGCAUUGAGGGUUUUCAUGUUACAUUGUUGCUUAUUGCAAUGUCUUGCAAAAUCUUUAACUC